AUGACUGUCUCUGACCUAGCCCCCGGGCCGAGGCCAUUAGCCAUCGUGGGCAUGUCAUGCCGCUUUCCAGGAGAUGUUGCCUCGUUAGAUGAUUUCUGGGAGCUCCUUACGAACGCAAAGGACGGAUACAGAAAGUUUCCAAACGAGCGAUUCAAUUGGGAGGCAUUUUAUCAUCCAAAUGAAUCACGGAAAGAUUCAAUUCAUGUCAGCCAUGGUUAUUUUCUCAACGACGAUGUGGCCAAUUUCGACGCGUCGUUUUUCAAGAUGAAUGCAACAGAUGCAACCUCAUUUGACCCCCAAGGGCGAAUCCUACUCGAAUGCGUGUAUGAAGCUUUGGAGGAUGCCGGAAUCCCGAAAGAAAGCAUCGCUGGGAAAAAAGUGGGAGUUUUCUCAUCAUCUAAUGCAUCUGACUAUACGCUCGAACUGAAAGAAAGUGUUAGCGAUGUGCCAGCACAGGUCGGAGUGCUUGGUCACAGUUGCAUGCUCUCAAAUGUAGUGUCCAACGUAUUUGACCUUAGUGGUCCGAGUGUUAGUGUGGACACGGCAUGUUCAUCAGCAUUCUAUGCUCUGCAAAUGGCAGCACAGAGCAUACGCUCUGGAGAAACGGACAUGUGCAUUGUAUCAGGAUGCGCUCUCAACCUCUCGCCGUGGCGAUGGAACAUGCUGUCCAAUUUGACCAUGCUCAACUCAGACGGAAAGACACGAGCCUUGGAUCCAGAAACAGAGUCGGGGUAUGCGCGCGGAGAGGGUGCAGCUUGUAUAAUAUUGAAGUCACUUGAUUUGGCGCUGCGCGACAAUGAUCGAGUUCAUUGCGUCCUGUCGCACAUUGGGGUCAAUCACAAUGGCAACACAAACGGAUAUACUAUGCCAGAUGCUGUUAUGCAGGCUAGAUUGAUGACGGAAUUGCAACAGGCUUUGGAUGUGCGGCCAGAUGAAUUUGGAUUUGUCGAGGCACACGCGCCUGGGACUCGAGUGGGUGAUCCUAUCGAGAUCUCAGCGAUUCAAAAGGUUUUCUCCAGCGAUGCUCGCACCCCUGAAGAGCCACUGUUACUCGGCUCAGUCAAGGCGAAUGUGGGACACCUGGAAUCGGCGAGUGGCUUCCCAUCAUUGAUAAAGGCGGCUUUGAUGUUGAAGAAGGGUCAAGUCGUUCCCAACCCUAAUUUCAAAGAUGAAGGAAUGAACUCCGAGCUGCGGAAAUUAAAUAUGGCGGUACCGACCAACACACAAACUUGGCCGAAGGGGAAGUCGUAUGUCGCUAUCAACAACUACGGGUUUGGCGGGUCCAAUGCCCAUUGCAUUGUUAAAAUGGCACCGGGAACCGACAUACCCCGCCAACAGAGUACUUCAGCAGAAGAGCCAUAUCUCUUUGUUCUCUCUGCACAUGACGAGCAGGCUCUUGCGCGAACCAGAGAACGACUGGUUGGAUUCCUUGAAGCAGACGAGUCGGCAAAUGUUGAUAUGAGCGAUUUGGCCUACACACUGGGUCAGCGCCGAUCGCAGCUUGCUUGGCGAUCUGCUCUUGUUGCGACAGAAUUGGAUGAUUUGGCUCUCAGCACUGCCGCGCCUCGAGUCGCACAGCGGCGUGCUGUUCGCCCGCCUAGAAUAGCAUUCGCUUUCACUGGACAGGGUGCACAAGGCUUUGGGAUGGGCCGUGAAUUGUUGCAGUAUCCGGUCUUCGCCGAAUCCCUCGAGAAGUCAUCGUCUUGUGUGCAGUCGUUCGGGGCCACAUUUUCGCUGCAAGAAGAGUUGUUCGCGUCUGAGGCAACAUCACGGAUAAACGACGCCGACGUAAGCCAAGCCGCGUCAACAGCCAUUCAGAUCGCCCUCGUGGAUCUUCUUCGAUCGUGGGGAGUGGAGCCCGCUGCGGUUGUCGGACACUCCAGUGGCGAGGUCGCCGCCGCCUAUGCCGGAGGCAUUCUGUCCCUUCGAGGUGCUAUGCGGAUUGCUUAUGCCCGUGGUCAGAUGGCCAUCAGAAUCAAGACUGUCCAACCGGAUUUCAAGGGUGGUAUGAUGGCUGUGAGUGGCGGUAUGGAGGAUGUCGCUCCUCUCUUGGACAUCGUUAUAUCCGGGACUGUGGUAGUCGCAUGCGAGAAUUCGCCAAAGUCGCUCACAGUAUCAGGGGAUGACGCAGCAUUGGAUGAAUUGGAGACAUUGCUUGAAGAGGAUGGAAUACCCCAUAGACGACUCGCAGUUGACUUCCCGUACCACUCCCCCUUCCUCGAGCCAUUCAUUGAUCAGUAUGAAGAGGACAUCUGCACGGAUGACACUUUUGUGAGGACCGAAACGAAUAACGUCGAGUUCUUCUCGGCUAUGGCUGGACGGAAGGUCGAUCCAAUUGCCGUCAAGAAGCCCUCAUAUUGGGCUAGCAGUGCGAAGUUCCGAGUUCGCUUCACAUCCGCCGUGAACGCUCUGCUUAAAAACAAGACACCACCAGAAGUCGUGGUUGAGAUCGGGCCAAAUCCCACACUGGCAUGGGCUAUGAAAAGUAUCCUCAAAGCACUUGGAAAGCAGGCGCCGGCCUCGGUUGACACCAUUCCAUCUCUGCAUCAUGGCAAAAACGCACGAGCUGCGAUGCUUAAGUUAGGUGGAUCUCUUUUCUGCUUGGGUCAAGGGCUCGACAUGGACCAGGUCAACUUCGGACACAUCAAGGACCAUGGAUCCCGCCCACGCCCGAUAGAUGGCCUGAAGCCAUACCCAUGGUCUCGAAGUCGCUAUUGGAUUGACUCCAAAGUUCGAGACGAUAAACUUCUUAGGCCAUUCCCGCGGCAUGAUCUUCUGGGGCAUGCGACCGCGCACUCCAGGGGUGCUGAGAUGGCCUGGUCGAACAAAUUCGAGAUCGAGGAUAUGCCUUGGCUUCGCGAUCACCAAGUGGGAUCAUUGAUCACCUUCCCACUGGCUGGAUAUGUGUGUGCUGCAGUGGAGGCCAGUAAACAACGCGCCAUGAUCAGCACUGAUGUGGAGAGCGCGGUCGCGGGAUUCACUGUGCGCGACGUGCGCGUCAAACAUCACUUGGUGUUUCAAGAAGGAGUGCGCGCCGAACUUUCCAUCAAGCUCCGCCCGAUUGAUGGAAGCGAAUUUGAUGAGUUCAAACUUUUGACCUGGGAUGAGGAGCAGCGAGCUGGCAAGACCGCGGCGGAAGUGGUAGUUUCGGACACUGAGGCUGGUAUGCCGCACCACUACGAAACUGCCUACACGAUCCACCCAACCACACUGGACGGCCUUCUGCAGUGUGGGAGCUACAUCCCCUUCCUAGACCCCUCCUUCGCACCGAUCGGCGCUACAAGCAAUAUCUGGGUCCCUAAUGCUGUUGAAGAGGUCGUCAUUGGACCUGGAAUUCCCAUUGAGCCGGGCGUUGUGCUGCAUGCUGUGGCCCGUUCAGAGCAGCCUCCACAAAAGCUUGGCGGGACAUAUGCCAUUGAUGCUGCUCUGAAAAGCUGCUCUGAUUCAAAAAUACGGAUCAGGGGCUUAGGUUUUGAUGUCGAGAGAGGCAUUAUACCGCGCUGGCCUGCUCCACAUUACGGAUGCUACAAGGUGGAAUGGCAAAGCGCUGGACCUCCAGUGAAAGACGCCACCAGAUGGCACUUAUUGCAAGCCCUUGGUGAUGAAAGCGACUUGGGGGGAAUUCUUAGCCGAAAGUUCGACAUAGCCGUGUCGCCCCUUUCUCAAGGACUACCCGCCGAGGCCAAAUUCUGCAUUGUUUUAGACAUCGGCGAAGGUCUGCUGGGAAGUGUGGACCAAGCCUCAUUCGACCACGUUAAACAUGCUCUGACAAGUUGCGAAGCUGUGAUAUGGGUCACGCGUGGUGCUUUCCACCAUGCCACAAAUCCCACUGCGGGAAUGGCUGUUGGGUUGCUCAGAACGAUCCGCAGCGAGAUGCAGGUUGCCGUUGCGACCCUGGACCUUGACCCAUCCACGACUAGUGAUGCGGUCACACAAGCAGCGCUAGUGGAGCGUGUGGCUGGCAGUAUUGCCAACGCAGCCAGGAAGGUUGAUGCCAACGCAGAGAUGGAGUUCACAGAGAUUAAUUCUCAACUCUUUGUUUCGCGUAUCGUACGCGACGAGGCUCUGGAUAGCAUUACACAUGCUGCUACGGGAAUCGCUUCUCCCCAAGAUGAGGCAUUUGAUCCCGAAUCACGACUCAUAUAUGGGCUGCAACGCCCCGGAGAUGCCGACACACUUUUCCUCCAGCGGGCAGACACAGUCCCGCACUUGGCCGAAGAAGAAGUGGAAAUCCAAGUCGCCGCGAUUGGACUUGGAAUCGAGGAUGUUCAAUCUCUUCAAGGCCGUGAAUGCAGUGGUACGGUGGUACGAUGUGGCGAGAAGACCACGCGCAUGCAGGUCGGUGACAGAGUGUUUGGGCUGGCGGAUACCAAGGGUGCAUUUGGGACAUUCGUUCGGACGCAUCAAUCGAACUUUGCUGUCGUUCCCACCUGCAUGACACUAGAGAUAGCAGCAGCCCUCCCAUCCACGUUCGGAGCAGCACAACUCGCCCUCGCUGAAGUCGCUAGAGUACGUGAAGGUGAAACGGUUGUUGUUCUUGCAGCCGAAUCAGCCGUGGGCCAGGCAGCGGUGCAGAUCGCAAAGGCAAUUGGUGCUAAUGUUCACGCUGUGAUUGAUUCCACCUCUGGUCACGAAGUUCUGCUCACAGUUCGCCCACCGGCUGAUCACAUAGUUGACAGCCUCGACGCGGUGCUGUCCGCAGAAGUCGUACUCAACCCCACUCAUUGGUCCAGGUGUAAUACAUCUGUCUCUCGGGUACUGGCACCACUUGGGCGCUUCGUGCAAAUUGGAGAGCUGAUCGCAGGCUCAACACCACGUUUAGAUAUCGGUUGCAGUGUCGCUGGCGCUCUUUUGUCCUCUGUUGCUGACUCUGCCCCUUCGCGUGUUGCCGCAGUCCUUGACACAGUUGCAAGCUAUUUUGCUGGCGAUAUUGUCAGCGGGUUUUCAUCGAUUCAGACAGUCAGACUAGAUCAUUUGUCUGCAGUACUUCCUACUGUCGCUCCCAGUGACCAAUUGAGAAAAGUGCUAGUGCCCGUCAAGGGUGAAGUCUUGCAGACAACGCCUGCACGGCCUCCCUCGCUCGCCCUCGAUUCAGAAGCCAUUUACUUACUUGUCGGAGGAGGCGGUGGUCUGGGGCGUGUCAUUGCCAGAUGGAUGGUGGACAAUGGAGCAAGGAAGAUCGGACUCCUUUCGCGUAGCAAUUCAAUGACCUCUGAGGUUCAUGUGCUUACUGAAGAUAUGGCCGCAUUGGGAGCCGAGAUCUUCUUGCUGCCGUGCGACGUUACCGACAAACUGCAGUUGCAGCAAGUUGUUGAUCAGUGCGCUACUGAAAGGGGCACCAUCAGAGGAGUCAUUAACGCUGCAAUGGUCUUCAAGGGCGGCGUAUUUAGCUCGGUGUCACACGCCGACUUCCAGGCCGUUGUUCGUCCCAAGGUCCAUGGAACAUGGAACCUUCAUCACGCCCUUAGCAAUGCACCUCUAGACUUUUUCGUGCUUAUUUCGUCGGUCGCGGGCUUGGUCGGCACACCGGGACAUUCAGCAUAUGCAGCUGCUAACACAUUUUUGGACUCUUUCGCAAAAUAUCGCAUCCAACAAGGAUUGCCAGCCACCUCACUUGCUCUCACUGCCGUGGUGGACGCUGGCUACAUGGCCGAGAAUGCCGAGAAGCUUCAGAAACUGAAGUAUAUUGACGACUAUGAAGGAGAGAUACUUACCACCCAUGAUGUGCUUGCCCUUCUCUCUGCCUCUGUCUCCGGCACUACUGCUACGUCUUGUGAUGGCUUUUGCAUCACUGGUGCAGGCUUUGGUGCUGCUCGCAAACUACCAAGCUACGCCAAAGACCCACGCUUCUCCUCCCUGGUUUCACUUCAUGCCAAAGACAGAGAGGUGAACCUGAGAUCGAUCCCUCUUUCCAGCGAUCACUCUUUGUCGACUGUCCUUGACCAGAGUGAUAGCAAUCCCGAUGCAUUCCCCACAAUUUUGAACGCCGUGCGAAACAAAGUUGCUGAAUUGCAGCUUAUACCGGUAUCGGACAUUUUGGACAACCAAACUAUUGUAGACCUUGCCCUUGACAGCUUAACAGCUAUGGAAGUUUACUCGUGGAUCGGAAGGAUAUUCCGUGUCAAGUUCAAGGUACAAGAGUACGCCAAACUCGACACACUGGAGAAGAUCGUGGAGAGUGUCAUAUCAAAAACGGAGGCUAUGAACGCUUCUACUUGA